AUGAACAAGUCGUACAGGCGGAUUUGGGGUCAUGUCAACAAAACGGUAGCUAAAAUGACGAAACACAAGCAGUUUGCACGUAAUCUAGACCAGCUAGGCCAACAGGUGAGAGGGGCUGUGUCUGUUUGUUGUGCACACCUCUCAAAAGCCCGUCUGGUCUGUACGUGUGUGUGUUUGUCUGUUAAAAAGCGCUCAUCUGCUCCCGUCUGUCUCUCUGACUGGGCUCAUGGAGAAGAGGGGGAGAGAGAGAGGAUUCAUCUCGCGAAUAUGCCUGAUUUAUGUUCCCAACCAUCUGAUCCACUUGCUUGGGCUACUGGCCCAUCCUCCUCUCCACCUCCGCCUCUUGUCGCGGCUAAACUCCUUCCCACUUGCCUCGCAGCCCAUCUCCUCAACACACAUUUAUGCUCAGACUUCAAUUCUCGUGUCAGCCACAGAUCUUCGAAUCCUCGGGUCGGUCGUCUUAGUUGCCACGCUCUAGGCUUCGUCGCCUGGCCACCCGCCCUCUUCUCUUCUGCUCCCCUGUCAUGA